CGUUUCAUUUCGUGCUCCUUUUUUUUUUGUUUGUUUGUUUUGUUGUGGGUGUGUUCUCUUUAAGCGCCCCCAUCUUCGCUUUUGAUACAUCUCGUGGUUUGCCACAUCCACAUGCCACCACCCUCCCUCCAUCUCGAUCUUCGAUCUUCUUCUUCGUCUCUACACUUCGACCUCUUCUUCUUCUUCUUCUUCUUCUUAGUCUCGUCGGAUCCGCGCAACUGAAAACCGCUCCGCACGGAACGAAUGUGGAGCGCCAGCCCACCUGCGAAGCAUUCGAGAUUUCCUUCGACAGAAAAGAAGGGGAGGAUAGAAAUCGAAGGUUCAAGCAAACCACAACGAACCCCGACGUCUCUUCCUCAUCGAAGUAAGCUCUGCCUCUUCUGCGUUUCGUGUUCUCGCCAAAGAGAAAUAUCUAGAAGGAGCCAAAAGCAACGGCUUAUUUUUAUUUUUAUUUUAUUUGAUUUUUCGGGUUUUUUCGUUUGAAAUUGUUUUGGCUCUUAUUAAUUCGUCGUGCUCGCAACAACCUUAGCCUCCUCCUCCAUCCCCGUGCAGACUUGACGUCGUAACUCGCGCUCUUCAGUUACAACAAAGGAAAAAAGGAAUUUUGCGGAGCUCCUCGUUUUGGCGAAUGCUCGGCCGGAGUUUUGGUUUUUUUUUUUUUUUUGGGUUGCCGUAGCUCCGUUGAAAUCUCAGCUACAAUUCUCUUUGAGUUUUAGACGCUCGGAUUCAGGGGAUUUGGAAUCAAGUUGAGGCAGGUUUCGAGGGGCUUGAAUUGGGGUUUUCCUUGGCGAGCUUCGGAGAGCGCCGUGUUGUGGCUUUUUCCGUGAAACUCGUAGGACGAGUUGUUGGGUUAAGUGCCCGUGAUGAUUUUGUUGGAGAAAUCUGCUUAAUGUUGCAUGAGGGCUGGUGUUGUUUUCAGGAAGUUGGACAAGACACCUUGAGGAGAACUGCUGUCGGAGGUAUUUCUGGGGUUAAACUGAGCCUGUGCUUUCGAAAUGAUGCUUUCUGCAUCGCCCAAUUCAGUGGCACGGAGCUCGCUGGAGGAAAUGCUUGAUUCGCUCCGCCGUCAUGACGAGGUCGAAAAGCCCAAGGAUUUGCCACCAGCAUUGCCUGCUCGGCCCUCUUCGAGGGCCCGGUUACCAUCGGCUAGGCGUUCUUUGCCGGUGAACUUCGCUGUUGGCACUGCUCCGUCUCAGGAGUGUACAUCGAGCCAGGUAAGUACUGGAAAGGAAGAUGCAAAGAGAAAAGAGAAAGAUUUUACACCCAAUAGAAGCAGUUUUGGGAGCAAGAAGAUUAAGAAGGACCAAAACUUGGAUUCGCCAUACACAGCAGUUGGAGAACAAGAGGAGAAAAGUUAUGAAGUUAGCCAUUCUCAUUGUGGUAUUACCUCUCAGUCAGGUGUGCCACCGAAAGUGUGCGAGCCAGAAUGGGGUGAUAACAUCGGUUAUUUCAUAAAAAAGAAACUUCGAGUGUGGUGCCGACUGGUCAAUGGGCAGUGGGAUUUGGGAACGAUACUUUCAACUUUGGGGGAAGAAGCUGUUAUUUCACUCCCAAAUGGAAAUGUUGUUAAAGUGUCUACAGGAGAACUUCUGCCAGCAAACCCUGAUAUCCUUGAGGGUGUUGAUGAUCUGAUCCAGCUUAGUUAUUUGAAUGAGCCAUCGGUUCUUCACAAUCUUCAGAACAGAUUUUCUCGUGAUAUAGUCUAUAGUAAAGCAGGGCCUGUCUUGAUUGCAAUCAAUCCUUUUAAAGAGGUACAACUUUAUGGGAACAGUUUAGUAACUGCUUACAAACGGAAUGCUGCAGAGAGUCCUCAUGUGUAUGCUGUGGCAGACACUGCUUAUAAUACAAUGAUGAGAGACGAAGUAAAUCAAUCUAUCAUCAUAAGCGGUGAAAGUGGGGCUGGGAAGACAGAAACGGCAAAGAUUGCAAUGCAAUAUUUGGCUGCUCUUGGAGGUGGCUGUGGUGUCGGGAUAGAGGAUGAGGUUCUUCAUACCAAUGUUAUACUUGAAGCAUUUGGAAAUGCAAAAACAUCUAGAAAUGGGAAUUCUAGCAGAUUUGGGAAGUUUAUUGAGAUUCAAUUUAGCAAACCAGGGAGGAUUUGUGGUGCUAAAAUCCAAACCUUUUUACUAGAAAAGUCCAGGGUGGUUCAGGUGGCAAAUGGAGAAAGGUCUUACCAUAUAUUUUAUGAACUUUGUGCUGGCGCUUCACCAGCUCUUAAAGAGAAGUUGAAUUUAAAAGUGGCCUCUGAGUACAAUUAUCUGAGGCAGAGUGACUGCUUGACAAUUGAUGGCGUUGAUGAUGCUAAAAAGUUUCAGAUGCUUCUGGAAGCUCUAGAGAUGGUUCGGAUACCUAGACAAGAUCAGGAGCAUGCUUUUGCAAUACUUGCUGCAGUACUAUGGCUAGGAAACAUAUUGUUUCGGGUUACUAGCCAUGAAAAUCAUGUGGAGGUCGUAGUUGAUGAAGCUGUCACCACUACUGCUGGCUUGCUGGGCUGUAGUGCUGAAGAUCUUGCAGUAGCGUUAUCUUUUCGUAAAAUUAAAGCCGGCAAAGACAGUAUCUCUAAAAAGUUGACUUUGCAGCAGGCAACUGACACAAGAGAUGCAUUGGCUAAGUUCCUGUAUUCAAGCUUGUUUGACUGGCUCGUAGAACAAAUAAACAAGUCACUUGAAGCUGGCAAACCAAGUGCAGGGAGGUCCAUAAAUAUCCUCGAUAUUUAUGGGUUCGAGUCAUUUCAAAAGAACAGCUUUGAGCAAUUCUGCAUAAAUUAUGCAAAUGAAAGGUUGCAACAACAUUUCAAUCGGCAUCUCCUAAAACUGGAGCAGGAAGAAUAUCAGCUGGAUGGUAUUGACUGGACUAAAGUAGAUUUUGAAGACAAUGAGGAUUGCUUGACCCUAAUUGAAAAGAAACCUUUGGGGGUGCUCUCUUUGUUGGAUGAGGAAUCAAACUUUCCCAAAGCCACUGAUUUGACAUUUGCCAAUAAACUUAAGCAGCAUUUGACUUCUAAUCCUUGCUUUAAAGGAGAAAGAGGUGGGGCUUUCGGCAUUCGUCACUAUGCUGGAGAGGUUCAAUAUGAUACAAGUGGCUUUUUGGAGAAGAACAGGGAUGCUCUUCCUUCUGAUUCUGUCGAACUCCUCUCAUCUUGCAGUUGCCAAUUGCCUCACUUAUUUGCCUCGAGAGUACUUGAGCAUUCGACAAAAUCAGCAAUUCCAUUAAAUCGCGGUGCAAUGGAGUCACAGAAGCAAAGUGUUGGUACAAAAUUCAAGGGUCAGGUUUUCAAACUAAUGCAUCAGUUGGAGAGGACACAACCUCACUUUAUCCGAUGCAUAAAGCCAAAUAGUAAGCAGCUUCCUGGUCUUUAUGAAAAGGAUCUUGUCUUGCAACAGCUCAGGUGUUGUGGAGUCCUUGAAGUUGUCAGGAUUUCCAGAUCUGGAUAUCCCACGCGAAUGACUCAUCAAGAGUUUGCAGAAAGGUACGGGUUUCUGCUUUUGGACGAUAGUGUAUCAAGGGACCCCUUGAGUGUAUCUGUUGCUGUCCUACAACAAUUUAACGUCCAUCCGGAAAUGUAUCAAGUGGGUUACACAAAACUGUAUCUGCGAACAGGGCAGAUCGCCGCAUUGGAGGCCAGGAGGAAACAAAUUCUGCAAGGCAUAGUUGGGGUUCAAAAAUGUUUCCGUCGUCACCUAGCUCGUCAUCAGUUCUAUGAACUUAAGAAUGGAGUGACUACUUUGCAAUCAUUUGUUCGCGGUGAAGUUACUCGAAGAGAAUAUGGUACCGUACGGGAUAGCUGUUUAGAUGGUGCUUCCAUGUUAGGGACCGAUGAGGAACUGAGGGUAAUCAUAGGUUUACAGUCUGUAAUCCGUGGGUGGUUGGUUCGGAGAAAGUUCAAUGAUUUGCUCGAGGUGAAAAGAUCAAGUUUGGAGACUUCAAAGUCUACACAUAAGUCAGGCAGGAGAUUUUCUGGAGUGAAGGACAAGCCACAAAAGCGGGAGGAGAAGCCUCAAAAGCAGAUUGAGGUCAUGCCUGCAGUGUUGGCAGAGCUUCAGAAACGGGCUCUAAAGGCAGAAUCAACACUGAAGCAGAAGGAAGAGGAAAAUGCUGCACUGAGGGAGGAACUACAGCAAUUUGAGACUAAAUGGUCUGAUUACGAGGCAAGGAUGAAAUCAAUGGAGGAAACAUGGCAAAAACAGAUGGCGUCAUUGCAAAUGAGUCUAGUGGCUGCCAGGAAGAGUCUUACGACGGAUGAUAAUGGAGGUCCACCCAGAAGACCCGAUGUUGCCUUAUCGCCUCGGGAUUAUGACUCGGAGGAUACCACGUCUAUGGGCUCUCGAACUCCUGGUGGAAGCAUACCUGUGAAAGUUUCUAAUGCCAUUACAGAUGGCAGAGCAGGGAGGGACACUAAUGGAACCCUGAAUGCUGUCAGUGAUCUUAUAAAGGAGUUUGAGAUCCGGAAACAGACAUUCGACGAUGAUGCCAGAUCGCUUGCUGAGGUCAGGUCGGAGUUGGCUCCCAAUACAAGUCCUGAUGAAGAACUUAGAAAACUGAAAGUUCGGUUCGAGUCUUGGAAGAAAGAAUACAAGGUGAGGUUACGAGAGACUAAAGUAAGGCUGCGGAAACUUGGGCACUUUGAUGCUGACAAAGGCCGUCGAAAAUGGUGGGGAAGAUGAGACGGUGCUGCCAGGACGUUUUGUUUGAAGUGAUGCUCUGGUGGUCAGCAUAAGGCCAAGCUGGAAUUCAAGAAUUUGGAGAGGGGCUGAGUGGCUCUCCCAGUUUCAGCGGCGGGGGACCACCUAGAUUUAGAUUUAGUAGCGUCAGCUCAGUGAAGAGAGGGACGUGUUUAUCAAAUCUGCCGAUUUUGUCACUUGGCAGUGUUGCUGAAUGUGUAUAGCUAGAAACAAGAAUGUAGAGACUGGUGAGACUUUUUAAAGGUUUUCCUUAUCCCCCAUUCGUAGGUGUAUAUUCUCCAAUCUGUUAUCUGUACUGUGUAUUCCCUCACAUGAAGUAGAAAAUGUUCAUACAGCUUUCCAUCGAA